UUGGGGGUGCAGCCAACCCUUCCUACGUUUUCCGAGGAUCGGAGGGGAAGCAGGAGGUUGGUGAUGAAAAGGAAGGUGCUGAGGCGCAGACCCGACGGAGGAGUCGAGGUCUCGGACGAGUCGGUGAGCAGCGGGCCGGAGAGCGAGGCCGAGGUGUGGGGCCUGAGGCGGGAAACGCUCCAGCUACGGACCAGUCCGGAAGACAGCAUCUCCGAGGGGGAAAUCGAGACGAGCGGCAGCUCCCUCGAGGAAUCCCCUCGCCGGUGGCCCCGCGGGGACAGCCCCAGCUUCCUCCUCGGGGAUUUUGGGAGCCGGAGCUCUCCCGCUUCCCAGUACACCGCUGCAGCAGGACAACCCAAAUCCUUCAUCCCUCCACGGUUUGAGCCGCUGGGCCGCAACCGGGGGAAAACCGACCGAGUGGCCAAAUAUUUUGAAUAUAAACGAGAAUGGGAGAAAUUCCCAAUCCCGGGGGAGAAUCAGCGGCAAGAACUGCGUUGGGGCAUCCGGGAGCAGAUGCUCUGCGAGCCCGAGCUCCCCGGCAAGCCCCAGCACCUCCGCCUCCCCAACACUUACGCUGUGCCGACCGAAAAAAAGAGAGCAGCCCUGCGCUGGGGGGUGCGCUGGGACCUGGCCCAGGGCCUCAUCCCCAGGAAAAACCCCUCCUCCUGAAGCCCCGCUCCGCGCCCGAGAGCUCCUGACCGCGCUCUUCCCCCUCGAUAAUCUGGAAAAUGCCCCCUCUGCAUUUCGAGCGGGUUAAAUUCUGCCGGUAAAAACCUCACCCAGCGCCUUGGGCGGUUCCGUGGGCCCGGACGCCCCGGCCUCCCUCCCGAGGUAGCGUGAGGGGGUGCGGGGAGCAGGCACCAAAACACCGCGGGACUUUUCCAAUGUCGGGAGAAAGGAGAAUGUAAGGAGCCCGGGGGCUUGGGGCGCGUGACUGCCCCCGGGCCGUCGCGUUGCGAGCUGUCACGGCGUUUUAUUUACGGCCUCUCGGCCAGACCUUUCUUUAAUAAAGUGUGUGGAAAGAUUCGUUAUGGUUCUGUGGGUUAAUUAGAAUCUCAGACUCCAGAUUUAUCCUUGCACCGCCAAACCCUCAGCUCCCCUUCCC